UUUCUGCAGCGUAAGUGUAAAGUGUUAUUAUUAGUCAGUUUUUAAGUGUUAUUUCAUACUCAUAGACUGAUAUUACUGGAAUAAGUGGACAAUAAAGUACCGCAAGAAACAUCCGAAACAAAAUGAAGAUUCUCGUACUCCUGGUGGCCUUUGUGGCAGCAGCUAAUGCCGUCUCACUGUACGAACUGGUUAAGGAAGAAUGGACCGCAUUCAAGCUCCAGCAUCGCAAGAAGUACGAUAGCGAAACCGAGGAGCGGAUACGCCUGAAGAUCUACGUCCAGAACAAGCACAAAAUUGCCAAGCACAACCAGCGAUUUGAUCUGGGCCAGGAAAGGUAUCGCCUGCGCGUCAACAAGUAUGCCGAUUUGCUGCACGAGGAGUUUGUCCAUACGGUGAACGGAUUCAACCGCACGGACUCGAAGAAAAUGCUCAAGGGCGUUAGAAUCGAGGAACCAGUGACCUUCAUCGAGCCCGCUAACGUUGAAAUUCCCACGACAGUCGACUGGAGGAAAAAAGGCGCUGUAACUCCAAUCAAGGACCAAGGUCACUGCGGUUCGUGCUGGUCGUUCUCGGCCACCGGUGCUCUCGAAGGACAACAUUUCCGCAAAACCGGUAAAUUGGUCUCCCUGUCGGAGCAGAACCUGGUCGAUUGUUCCGGCAAGUACGGCAACAAUGGCUGCAACGGUGGAAUGAUGGACUUUGCCUUCCAGUACAUCAAGGAUAACGGUGGAAUCGAUACGGAGAAGGCCUACCCGUACGAGGCCAUCGACGACACUUGCCACUACAAUCCAAAGGCCGUCGGUGCUACCGAUAAGGGCUUCGUCGAUAUUCCCCAGGGAGACGAAGCAGCUCUGCAGAAGGCCCUCGCUACCGUUGGCCCCGUGUCUGUUGCCAUUGAUGCAUCGCACGAAUCGUUCCAGUUCUACUCGGAGGGUGUGUACUACGAACCGCAAUGUGAUUCGGAAAAUCUGGACCAUGGUGUUCUAGCCGUUGGAUACGGUACGGACGAAGAAGGCCAAGACUACUGGUUGGUUAAGAACUCCUGGGGUACUACCUGGGGUGACCAGGGAUACGUAAAGAUGGCCCGUAACCGUGAAAAUCACUGCGGUAUUGCCUCCUGCGCCAGUUAUCCAUUGGUGUAAGAGCCAGUGUGGUGUGAUUUUGCGUGAUCUGAUUUAGUGAGAAUGGAAGCGUCAAUUAGCCAUCACUUUUAUUUCAUUUUGCCGCAUCGUUGCAUUUGUACGUUUUACACCACCAAAAGUCACAUUCGACUGUUUUAGUUUCUGAUUGUAACGAAAUGAAUAUUCUAUAUUCAAUUUUUCUUUGUUUCCAAUCGAGCAGAGUGAACGAGUUUACAAAAGCGGUUAGUUUGUAAGAGAGUAAUAGUUAUGUAGUGUCCAUUCCAUCUCUUGUGCGAGAUGAUGCCUGUGAAAUUGUUGAUCGUAAGUUUGUGUAUUACAACUUAGGCGUAGAAACAAUGUGCGAUGAAAGAGGUUGCGAAAAAAUACUUUCCAGUUGUA